AUGAUAUAUAGUUUUGAGCAAAUAAUUUAUAGAGAAUCUUGCGAUAUGACUUUUUUGAGGUCCAUUCGAAACUUGAAUAGUUCUACCGAGCUACAAGUCAAGAGUGCUACCAGUAGUGAUCCAUUGGGUCCAUAUAAUAAUGACUUGGUUCAACUUUCAAUGCUUACCUACAACUCCAAACUGUUGUCUAUCAUAGAAUCGGUACUUGAAAAACAGCUUCGUAAAUAUUCACCAUCUUCGAUUGCUUCACUGAAAUUCUCCAACAAUGAAAAGGGGUGGUUGAUUCUACUCAAAUCACUAACAGUGGUGAUGUACUUAUUACAAAAUGGUUCCCCAGAAUUUGUGUACUGGCUUAAAAGUUGCACCGCACUGGUUAUAGCACCACUACACCGAGCAAAAUUGCAUUCAAACACAACUAUGUAUAAAGAUGCUAUCAAAUUCAAGAUCGAUAGUAUCUACAAAUUCUGUACUAAUGAUAACGAACUACAAAAACUUCGCACAAACAUCCAUGUUUACCGCGAGGAUAUGAGCAUUCCCGGUGUCAAGCGCGCUAAUACUACUUCCGCGGCAGACAAUAGCAGUCGCAGAUUGAAGCCUAUAAAACGGUCGCGCACGGUAGAAAUUCCUCGGACCGUAACCGCUCCAUCAUGGAAUCCCGAUAAAGUACCAAGUCCCCGCAAUCAUCUUCAGACCAUUUCAGAGAACCGAUCGGAAAAUUCUGUGGACCGUACUAUGUUUACGUGA